UCCCCGGCCCCUACCAGCACUCCCUCCCCUCCCGACCACCCCUCUCCCGCCACCCCAGCUCCUCCCAGCGCCCCACUACCUCCCUCCUAUCCCGCCUACCCCCCCUCACCCUGCUUCACAUGCGUCUUCCUCGCCCUCUCGCCCCUCACACCCACCACCCCGCAAACCUUCAGCCCCGCCCAAUGCGACUCCUUCUCCUCCCAAAUCACCUCCGACAUCACCGCAGCAGCUGGCGCCCAGAUCUCAGAUCCCUUUACCAUCUCCCAGUGUGACUCCACCCUUAUCAGCGUCUGCGGUAGCUUCUCCCCCCUUGACGAGGCGGAGGCUUCUAACCUGGCUUCCUUCGCCGCAGCCCGCGUGUCGUACUGGAUGAAGAUGGUCGUACUGGGUUCACCUGCUGCUGCGGAUGCUGCUGUGGGUGGGGGUGGGAGCGGUGCUGAGCUGACAUGUCCUGCCGGGCUGAAGGGGUAUGUGGUGUCAGCGGGCAUGGGUGGUGACGGCAGCUGCCUCAGCGCCUCGAGUGCAAUCGCUUGUUAGCUGCUGCCUGCUAGUAUGACCCCAGUAGGACUUCGACAUGCACAUUACUACCAGAGUCGUUAGGAACGGAUACUUUAGCCGCGCGUCAGGCUGUUAGGGACGUCCAUCCUCAGAUGUGAUCAGUCGUCGGUUGCUCUACAGAUGCAGCCUGACGUGGGGGUGCACACGGUUAUGCCCUCCUCCUCCUUCUCCCCCCCCCAUACAGCCGGUGUAUGGAAGACCGUGUGUAUCGGGGUUUGCUGUGAUGUGUGAGUACUUAUUGUUGUGUCGUACAGACUGACGUGCGGGUGUCGUCGUGGAGGUUACAUAGGAUGCAUGCACGACCGGAACGGAUAUGUGUACCGGGGCGUGGGGUUGACCAACCUUACGGCAUAAUAAGGCAACAUUUGAUGUUAUCAUAACGUGUACAUAAUGCGUAGGCCCCUACGCUAUACAUGGUAACAUACGCAGCGAGCAUGCGUGCAAUUAUUGGCUGGCGUUCAAAUGGUACGGUACGGUACGGUACAUACUGAAUCGGAUGGGAUGGUGGCGGGCGAGUGAUGAAGGGGUAUGUGCGCCUCUUGUGUCCCCCGCCCCCCCUCCUAGCUUGCGUGGAUGGGGUGUAUGCGUGCUGCUGAUGACACGCCCCCAUACCGUAUCAUCACAGGUAUUAUGCGUGCGAAUAUGAUGGAUGAGCCCUGGAUUGCUUGUACUCUGUCAAGUACAUAUGUACUGGUAAUUAGGGGGGCGUGUAGGGAAGCGUGUGUGAGACGGUGCGGGACCGCAGCUGCACCGGAUGCGUGUGUGUAGGGUUUACACAACGUUAGAUAGCUUGAACAGCGGGCGGUGGCUGUUGUCUGCUGCUGCCUCCGUGUCCUCUGUCCUGCCUAGACGGCUAUCGGAUUGCGUAGUAGGAGGCAAACAUGCUACGACGGGCUGCAUGUGUUGUGACGCUGUGUGCCGACUUUGCAGCGGCGAACUGGAAGCCAAUUGAGAUGUGUGGUUGGUUGCCUGGCUCUUGAAGUAAGGGCGCACGCGAGAGUGAUGUACUGUGUAUAUAGGUGUGUGGCGCUGUGUGUACGACAUGUGGCUGAGUACGACAUGUGGCUGAGUACGACAUGUGGCUGAGUACGACAUGUGGCUGAGUACGACAUGUGGCUGAGUACGACAUGUGGCUGAGUACGACAUGUGGCUGAGUACGACAUGUGCGGCACGCGUGUGUUUUCAUGUAGCAGGAUGGUCUUCAAUUCCGACUAAAUAGUCUCUAGGUUGAGCAGGGGUUGGUUGCCUGUUUUUAGUUAGAUAGCAUCUUGGGGGUAGUACAUAAUUCAGCUAUUUACUAGUUCAAUUGGAUGAAGGCUUGUGGGCUGAUGGUGAAGUAAAGCUGUUUGAAGCCAUUACGACCGGAGUUCAAACGGCGUACCGGCCAGGCUUCAUGGCGUGUGACAGUAAUCGUACUACGUUAGUUACAGCCAAUACAGGACACCGUCGUCGCACGUCACCACCGGUAGGACCUCCGUCUUGCUGGCGUGCAUGUGCGGGCUGAGGGCGAGAGGCCGUACCUCAAGCUAUUGUAACCCACAUGCGUG